AUGACCCGGCCGGCCGGCUCCGCCCCAGCCCUCUCCGCUAACCCAGACGGCGGGCUGGGCCGCCUCCGCCUCCUCCACGAGCAGCGCCGGCUCGCCCACUCCGCCGGGUCGCCGCUCCCAGCCGGCAUCCGCCCCCGCACCCGGCCGCCCCCGCGGGCCGGCUCCGCCUGCUCGCCGCCCCGCGCCUCCGGCUCCUCCCCGCAGGCGCGCUCGCGGCCGGCUUCACCUGCGCCUAGCCGCCGGGUUACUGGCGCCCCCGCCUCCGGCUUCAUCCCGCUCCGGCCGGCUCGUCGCGCACCGGUUGCCGCCUCCCUGCAGCUGGCUCCGCCGGCCGACCUCCCGCACCCCGGUCGCGCCAGCGCCGACUCGCCGUCCGCCCGCGCCAACUCCCGCUCUGCCUCGCGGGCCCCUGCCGGGUCAAUGCGCCCACGCGUCUGCCCCGCCGGGUCGCCGCGCCCGCCUGUGGCCGCCUCCGCCUCCCGCCCACGGCCGCCUGCUCACUUCGGCCGGCUCCCGCAGUCACCGCGCCCGCCUGUGGCCGCCUCUGCCUCUGCCCAUGGCCGACUUCGGCCCCGCUCCCGCGCCGGCUGCGCCGGGCCCGGCCGGCUCCGGCCUCCUCCCCGCCCUGUGGCCGACCCCCGCUCGCCCGUUACGCUGCGCCCCCACUCGCUGCUACCUUCUGCCGUCACCGCGGCAACCGUCGCCGCGCGCCGUGUUGCCCCCCUGCUCACCGGCCGCGCCUGCGCCGCCCGCUCGCCGGUCAUCGCCCGCCCUGCUGCGCCUGACGCCGUCUGCGCCCGCCGCUGCCUGGCGCGGCUGUCCCCGAGCUCGGCCAUGUUGGCGCCGUGA